UACUACUCCUCAUCGCUUCAACCACUACGUCACAGUGAAGUAUGUGUUCUCGAGUGUAGAAAAUGGCUGCUGCGCUCACCGUAAAAACGGGAAGGCGCGAAUGUAAAUACGGCCUAUUAUGGCUCAGUGUUUUUUUUAUUCUCGCAAAAAAUAUUGGGGUGAGUGGUAUCACGUGUUAUUGCGAUGGCCACUGUCCCGAUGAUCGUCAGAAUGGUACGUGCGAGGGUCGCCCGGGCGGUCACUGUUUCUCCGCCGUUGAGGAGGUAUGGGACCGUGACCUUGGUGAAUGGGUUCCUGAAUUUUCAUUUGGUUGUCUACCACCCGAUGAACAAGGUUUCAUGCAGUGUAAGGGUAAUCUAGUGCCACAUCUUCGAUCGAAGACCAUCAUCUGCUGCAACAAUACCAAUUUAUGCAACAAGGACAUUUUUCCGGAGUAUACCCAGCGUCCCACCCCAGCACCGGACCCAAUGAGUCUCGCAUCAGGUGCACCACUGAUUGUUCUCGCUGUCUGUCUCUCCAUCUGCCUCAUUGUAUUCUCCAUUGCCAUGAUCAUCAUCUACAGGAGAUACCGGAGGAGAGAACGAGGUCCUUGUUUGGUGCCAUCAUCAGGCACCCUGAAAGACUUGAUUGAUCAGAGCAGUGGAUCAGGAUCCGGUCUUCCUCUCUUAGUUCAGAGAACAAUUGCCAAGCAGCUUGCACUGUCUCAGUGUGUGGGUAAGGGCCGCUAUGGGGAGGUUUGGCUGGCCAAGUGGAGAGGUGAAAAGGUCGCUGUGAAGGUUUUCUUCACUCUUGAAGAGGCCUCUUGGUUUAGGGAAACUGAAAUUUAUCAGACUGUUCUUAUGCGACACGACAAUAUCCUCGGCUUCAUCGCUGCUGACAUCAAGGGCACCGGUUCCUGGACCCAGAUGUUGUUGAUCACCGAUUACCACGAGAGAGGCUCCCUUCAUGACUAUCUACAGACAACUGUUCUCGAUCAGCCUAGUUUACUGGCGGUGUGCUUGAGUAUUGCAAGCGGUAUUGCUCAUCUUCAUACCGAAAUAUUUGGAACGAGGGGAAAACCUGCUAUUGCUCACAGGGAUAUCAAGAGUCGAAAUAUUCUGGUGAAGAGGAAUGGCGAAUGUGCUAUUGCGGACUUUGGUCUUGCCGUUAGAUUUAUAAGUGAAAGUGGAGAGAUAGACAUUGCCCCCAACACUAGAGUAGGAACGAGACGAUACAUGGCGCCGGAGGUACUCGACGAGAGCCUGAAUAAAACGUCAUUUGAUGCCUUUAAAAUGGCAGACAUGUAUUCAGUGGGUUUAGUACUCUGGGAGAUAUGCAGGAGAUGUGUCACCGGUGGACGAGUGUCCACCGCUGAGCCCUAUGCCUUGCCCUACCACGACGUCGUACCAAGUGAUCCUGAUUUCGAGGACAUGAGACUGGCUGUGUGUGUCAAGAGGUUACGACCUGUCAUACCCACCAGAUGGGAAAAUGAUCCGAUUCUGUGUGCACUGAGCAAAAUAAUGACAGAAUGUUGGCAUGGUAAUCCACCAGUUCGUCUAACAGCCUUGCGAGUGAAAAAGUCAAUGUCAAAACUUCACAUUGACAAUGCCAUUAAAAUAGUUUAGUCUCCCUCCGCAGAAAGAAAAUCCAUCAGUUAUCAUUAAUUCUUAUUACUGUACAUAAUUUCCGAGAGAUGAUUUUUUCGGUCUGUUGAGCCACCCCCCUUUCCCCCAGCCAAUGUAAAUAGCCCUCCCAAAAUUUCCCCGGUGUACAUAGGGUCAAUAACAGACUGCAGCCAGAAGAAGACUGAAGAUUUAUGAGAAAAAAAUGAUAAUAACGUGAAAAAAAAAAUAGGAAUGCGUGAUCUGAAAUAGGUGUUAGGUGUGAUGAUGAGGCGAUAAAUAUCAUGAAACUGUAAAUACAUAAAUCAGUGGACGAGUGGUAAAGAAUCAAAUUUUUCUAAUUUUCCAUUUUUCCCCCUAUUUUUACCACUCGAUUGCUGAAUUAAAAUUGUAAUGGAAAAUUUAUCGCUUAUUUUCUCAGUUUUUGUACCGAGAAAGUAAUAGUUUGGCAUAUCUGUAAAUCAACAAUAAGAAAUGACAUGAUAAUAGAUCAAUUUCGGUUAAUUGUUACGAAAAAAUUAUGAUUGAUUGAAUAUACGGUUAUAGUUUUAGUUUCGAGUGGAUCAAUGCCAAUUUUCCAAUAAUUGGCUGUUGUUAAUUAUGUUGAUAAUUUUCAUCUUUCUUAAGAAAAUAAGAAAGUCGUUUUUUUUGUAUUUAUAGAUAUAGGAAAAAUUGAUUAUGAUGAAUUGAUGAGAUUGACACGAGUAAUGUCACGCAGAGUAGUUAAAAAAAUGCAACUCAAAUAUCGACAAAUCAAUGAAUGAUGGAUACUUUGAAUUGAGAGUAAUCAAAUUUAUAUUUUUAAUGCGUAUUAAAUGAUAUAAAUUUUUUCAAA